CAUGGGCAGCCGGCGGCUGAGCGCGGGGCCGGCGGCAGCGCAGGCGGACGGGGCCCGGCCCCCCAAGCCCGAGAGCGCCUGGAGGCCGCCCCGGCGGGAGGGCUCGGCCACCGCGGUGGAGGAGGAGGACGAGGACGAGGACGUGGUGGUGGAGGUGGAGGAGGAAGAGGAGGAGGAGGAAGGCGGCUUGGGGAGCCCCCCCCCGGCGCUGAGCGCCCACGGCAAGGGCCCCCUCCGGGCGAGCCUCAAGGCAACCAGCAUCAAGCGUGAAAUGACCUUCCCCGCAUUUCAACAGGAGGAUAUAAGAACUGACAUCAGUCAAAAACUGCCAGACCAUCAGUUUCUCCUGUUCACCACGAAGGAGGAAGAUCUAAAAACAGCAGAGACCAAAAAAACCAGCAGAGUUCAUGAGUAUGAAAAGGAAAACACUCGUUCUGUUUGUCUUCUGGAACAGAAGCGCAAGGUUGUUUCUUCAAAUAUUGAUGUGCCUCCAGCAAGAAAAUCCCCAGAAGAACUGGACAUGGAUAAAGUGACAGCAGCCAUGGUACUGACCAGCUUAUCCACCAGCCCUUUGGUUCGCAGCCCUCCCAUCCGGCCCAACGAAUCCCUAAACGGAUCUUGGAAAGAAGGAGGAUUUGUGCCUUCUAGUACCAGCAGCAGUGGAUACUGGAGCUGGAAUGCUCCCAGUGACCAGUCCAACCCAUCCACCCCAUCUCCACCUCUGUCAGCUGACAGCUUUAAAGCUUUUCGAACACCUUCCCAGCCAGAUGAUGGCAUUGAUGAAGCCGAAACAAGCAACCUUCUCUUUGAUGAACCCAUCCCUAGGAAGAGAAAGAACUCCAUGAAGGUGAUGUUCAAAUGCCUGUGGAAAAACUGUGGAAAGGUACUGAGCACAGCUGCAGGGAUUCAGAAACACAUACGGACCAUCCACCUUGGACGCAUAGGAGAGUCUGACUACAGUGACGGAGAGGAGGAUUUUUACUAUACAGAAAUCAGGCUCAACACGGACUCAGUAGCUGAUGGCUUAAGCAGCCUUUCCCCAGUCUCUCCAUCUUUAGCAUCUCCUCCUUCCUUUCCCACCCAAGACACAAUCCGUCCUGAAACUUCCUGUGCCAAAACUGAGACUAAAUUGAUGACACCUCUGAGCCGCUCAGCUCCUACCAACCUCUACCUCGUACACACGGACCAUGCUUACCAGGCCACUCCUCCGGUGAACAUUCCAGGGUCGACUAAAUUCACUCCCAAUGGCAGCAGCUUUAGCAUCUCUUGGCAGUCGCCUCCAGUUACCUUCACUGGCAUUCCAGUCUCACCAACUCACAGUCGUCCUGCCGGGAGUGGGGAGCAGAAGCAGUCCCACACAGUUCUUUCCUCACCACCCAGAGUAGCGUUUGGAUUGAGGAAGCCGAGAGGGGAGGGGAAGAAGUGUCGGAAGGUGUAUGGGAUGGAGAACAGAGAUAUGUGGUGCACUGCCUGCCGGUGGAAGAAGGCCUGCCAAAGGUUCAUCGACUGAAGAGUGAAGUUAUGCAGAGGAUUUAGGGCUGGGGGAAGACAACGACAGGACCAGAUUGCUACAGCUGCACUGUAUCACUUCCUGUUUUCCUCCGGUGAUGUGGUGUCGGGGUUUUUGUUUUAUUAUUUGUUUGUUUGGGUUUUUUUUGAUCUGUUGGGUUUCAUUUUGGUUGUUUUUUUGUUGUUUUUUUUUUACAAAGAGAGCUUUGUAUUUCCAAGUGAAGCACUUGUAGCCAAGGAGAAGCACUAAUUCAAACCUGUGUGGAGCAAUAGAGCAAAAAAAUACAAAUAAAAAGCAAAAGCAAGAACACAUGACAAAAUCCUGUCUUACGGAGUAUUGACAGCGGAGCAGCUAUCAGUGUUUUUCUGUGUUGGGUUUUUGUUCUAAAAGGAGAAGUGAAUUCCUUGCUAACUCUGUGAGCUGUUUGCUCCUUCGGGUCGUUUUUAACCAUUGCAGUCUCUUUGCUGCCAACGUCUGUAUUUGCUAAACUGGACGUUUUUGUUCUUUUCCUGAAACGAAGAUCUCUUUUUGAAAGCUUUCUAAUAAACACUUCAGAGUCACAUAAGCUACCGUUCACUCAGCAGAAGCUGUAACUAAGACUGGAGGCUGCUAAAUGAUUCUGAUGCGAACGAUCAUGAUGAUUUUCUAUUUUUUGGAAAGGGGCUGUGGGAAGGAGUUGGGAUUUUUGUUGGUUUCUUUCUAGGAGAAAAGCAAAGGCAGACUUUUCCAGAAGGACAAACUGCUCCUGGAAGGCUUUGAAAGCAGGCACAGACCAGAACAGAGUAACUCACGUACCACAUUGGAUUUUGACCCUUGGCAGGAGGAAAAGCAGCAAUGGAAAGUCACCAGCAGAUCUGUCACCGCCAGAGCGGAGGGAAGAAAUGCAGCAAUGGUUGAUGGAAACCCAUAAGAACAUCUUGGGGGCCUGGUAGCUUUUCUUACCACUUUCCCUGUUUGUAGGGAGGAGUGACAGCUGGACUGGCACACAUGUUGCUGCGGGAGGCUUGUAAAGAGCUGGGAGAUGCACUAGGAUUCCAUGUAGUACCCAUUGAGGGACACGAUCCAGCCCAGCAGUUCUGCUCUUGCUUCCUUCUGUCUUAUUUGAGAGAUGGUUCAGAUAACGGUUUGCUCAGCUGCUUUUUUUUUUUUCCCUACAUAUUAAAGUUGCUAAAAUUUAUUUUGUGAAAGAAAAAAAAAAAAAAAAGAAAAGAAAAUAUCACAGCAUCAUCUCAGAAAGAGAAGUACAACAGCAGAGGAACAACGUAUGUAUGGUAAAUGUUUGGUUCUUAACUCAUUUUGAUAGUGAAAUGAACAGGUUUCUAUGCUUGCAGAUGUUGGAAGGAUUGAGUACUUCAGCGUCACUGUCCACGAGGAAGUAUGCACCGCAAUGUGGGUAGCUGUGUUCUGUCUCAGCUUCUAUGGAAUUGCCAUUAACUGACCAUUAUUUCAGUGCAGAAAUAAAACAAGGAUUUACUGUGAUA